AUGUUCUUGAGUGAGAAGGUCGUGGUCGGCUUCAGUCAGCACCUGAGGCACACGCACAAUGUGAGGAACACGGAGGAGAGGAUCCUCCUCUGUAAUUGGAAGUCGGGCCGCGUCAACAUCAGGCAGGAGCCGUGCCCAGUGACGGGAUGCUCCGCCCAUGCCAGCCGGCUGGACCGGCACAUGGAGUCGCACACAGAGCUCGACAGAUCGCAGAGGAGACGGGCUUUAGAGGAACUCAGGAGACGGCUGACCAUGGAGCGGCUGGCCGCGUUGAGGGCGUCCAACCCUGUCGUCCCGCUGGCCACCCGUUUGGAUAUUGCGGAAACGAAGCAGGAAGAGGAGGAGGACUCUUUAGAUUCACUGCUGUCUCCUUUGGAAGAGGAGGAGGAGGAGGACGUGAGCUGCGGAGAUUAUUCCUGCCACUGCCAGGCGCCCAUCCUGAGGCUGCGGAAAGCUUUGCAAGAGCGCGAUGAGGCCCUGACCAAGAGAAGUAGCGAGGAAGAGGUAUCAGCUACUGAAAAGGCAGAAGACGACGAGUGUCAGGGCGAGGUCGGCAAACGCGAGGUCGGGAAGACGAGGUCAGCGAAGAGGUCCAGGUUUCAGACCGCGUCAGACACAGAACAAGAGGAGCUACAGCAGGACCAAGUCGUAGGUUCAAGAGCCCAGAUAGAGGAGGCCACGGCGCCCAAGUCUAGCAGCCAAACUCCCUUCCCGGGCUCUGCUCUGAGUGUGUUUAUAGAGGGGUUCAGGAAGACCUGUGAAGGCCCCAGUCCAAACAAUAAGCUGAAGCAAACUUGUGCCGCGAAGCUCAAGAGGGUGCAGCAAUUUUUGAAGUUCAUGGCGAAGGAUGAGAAAUAUCCAUCCACUCUCAGUUUCCUGGCAUGCCAGGACAACAUGAGGAGAUGGUUUCAGACCCUUCAGCAGAACAAGGCCGUCGCCACGGUCAACCACUACACCUCGACUAUCGGUGCGUUUCUCCAAUAUUCCGAGGAGACCCCUCCGCCUGGCUGCCGGCUGACCAAAAACCACUGGAAGGAGAUCAACCGGGCAAUGAAGGAGAUCAACAAGUCCGUGAAAGGAGCCAUCUCCAACAAGGAAGGCAAGGGGGUGUCUACAAAGAGCCUGCUGGAGGGCAAGGGGGUGUCUACAAAGAGCCUGCUGGAGGGUAAGGGGGUGUCUACAAAGAGCCUGCUGGAGGGCAAGGGGGUGUCUACAAAGAGCCUGCUGGAGGAGCCUGCUGGAGGGCAAGGGGUGUCUACAAAGAGCCUGCUGGAGGGCAAGGGGGUGUCUACAAAGAGCCUGCUGGAGGGCAAGGGGGUGUCUACAAAGAGCCUGCUGGAGGGCAAGGGGGUGUCUACAAAGAGCCUGCUGGAGGGUAAGGGGGUGUCUACAAAGAGCCUGCUGGAGGGCAAGGGGGUGUCUACAAAGAGCCUGCUGGAGGGCAAGGGGGUGUCUACAAAGAGCCUGCUGGAGUGCCAGUCUCUUGCCAAGGACAUGAUCCCCCAAGUGCUGAAAACCUUGGAAGAAACAAUGACACAGAGGAACCAGAACCGGUUUUACGGAUUCCUGUGUGCCUAUUUCACCUCCAUGUACGGCCACAGCCAGGGCCUUUAUAGAAACAUGAUGGUGAAGGAGGUGGAGGAGGUCCAACGUGGCCUGUCUGGGACCUGUCUGAUCAACGUGGGAAACGCAAAACAAAUGCAAACCAGGAUCCAGAUGUCGCUGACCAAAGAGGAGUACUCUUGGUUUUCAGACUUCCUGAAAUUUAAGCACUGCCUCCCAGGGGGAAAGAAAGCCCGGUACUUCUUUUUCAAUUCCACCAACACUGAGAUGAAGAACCUGCCCGUCUACCUGAUGGAGGCGUGGAAGGAGAUGGGCCUGCCUGGACGCCCUACCUUCACUGACCUGCGGACUCCCAUCUUCAGUCAUGUUAAAAAAAACGUUCUCCCGAAUGCCGACGGGGAGACGUUGGCCGACUUCGUGCGCCACGACAGCCGGAUGGAAGCCAAACGUUACGCGGUGAAUCCUUCCAAAGCCGGUGAAACCAGCGCCUUCCGUGAGACAGGUGUUGAAGGGAGAAGAUACCGCACCACGGGCGCGGUAGAGAACCAGCCAUCCACCUCCAGAAAGCAGAAGACGAGAGAGGACGUCUCCGAGCGGAGCACCACCCCUGAAGAGACUGAGGUGCAGUACUAGGAGUCUGGCACGUCCCCCCGGGGAAGAGGAGCAGGAACGGACGGCCAGACAAACUCUAGGAAAAUAAGAUAUUCAGAGACAACGCAUCAGAUUACACUUGUACACCGUUUAACACUCAAGAACAAACAGAUACUCGGGCAGCUGGUGGUCUCCUCCAACUGAAUGUCGUCGCUCGCCUCCCACUGUGUCAGGUUCUGAGACACACCACUCAGACACACCACUCAGACACACCACACAGACACACCACACAGACACACCACACAGACACACCACUCAGACACACCACACAGACACACCACACAGACACACCA